AUGGCCUUCGCCGCCCGGGAGGGCGCGGGCUCGGGGCGCGGGCGGCCGCCGCGGCACCGGGCGCUGCGCGGGUUGCUGCUACUCUGCCUGUGGCUGCCGAGCGGCCGCGCGGCCGGCCCGGCCUCCGCGCCGCUGUCCGAGCUGCACGCGCAGCUCUCGGGAGUGGAGCAGCUGCUGGAGGAGUUCCGCCGGCAGCUGCAGGAGGAACGGCCGCAGGAGGAGCUGGAGCUGGAGCUGCGCGCGGGCGGCGGCCCCCCCGAGGAGGGCUGCCCGGGCCCGGGCGGCGGCGGCUACAGCGCCAUGCCGGACGCCAUCAUCCGCACUAAGGACUCCCUCGCGGCGGGCGCCAGCUUCCUGACCGCGCCGGCGGCCGUGCGGGACUGGCGGCAGUGCGUGGCGGCCUGCUGCUCCGAGCCGCGCUGCUCGGUGGCGGUGGUGGAGCUGCCCCGGCGGCCCGCGCCCCCAGCCGCCGCGCUCGGCUGCUAUCUCUUCAACUGCACGGUCCGCGGCCGCAGCGUCUGCAAGUUCGCGCUGCACCGCGGCUACAGCAGCUACAGCCUCAGCCGCGCCCUGGAGGGCAGGCAGGAAGAGCUGGAAGCCGCGCCACGCAUGGAAAAAGAUGAGCCCCCACUUAGCAAGGCCGGGCAGGAUGUGGUCUUGCAUCUACCUACAGAUGGGGUGGUUUUGGACGGCCGUGAGAGCACAGAUGACCAUGCCAUUGUCCGGUAUGAGUGGACACUGCUGCAGGGUGACCCAUCAGUGGACAUGAAGGUACCUCAGUCAGGAACCCUGAAGCUGUCCCACUUACAAGAGGGAACAUACACCUUUCAGCUCACGGUGACGGACACCGCCGGGCAGAGAAGCUCCGACAACGUCUCGGUGACAGUGCUCCCCGCGGCCUUCUCCGUGGGAGGGUGCUUGAAGGUUUGCUCACGCUACCACUUCUUCUGUGAUGAUGGCUGUUGCAUUGACAUCACCCUGGCUUGUGAUGGAGUGGAGCAGUGUCCUGAUGGGUCUGAUGAGGCUUUCUGCCAAAACCUGAGCCUUGACCAGAAGAUGGUGACCCACACAGUGACUGCCCAGCCUAGAACCACAGGACCAAGAAAAGAUGCAGCAGGAAGCUCCUUCUUGGAAAAGUCCCAGAAAGUCACUGUCCAAAACCAGCCACCAGCAUUAUCAAAUACGGAGAAGAGGAAUCAUUCCAUGUUUUGGGGAUCAGAGAGUCAAACCGAUCCUGUGAUGCCAGAUCGUGGCUCCUCAGGGAAGAACAGAAAAGAGGAAAAUUAUAUUUUUGAGUCCAAGAGCGAUCGAGGAGGAGGGGGACACCCAGCCCCAGAAACAGGUGCGGUUCUACCCCUGGCCCUGGGCUUGGCCAUCACGGCGCUGCUGCUCCUCAUGGUGGCGUGCCGCCUACGCCUGGUGAAACAGAAACUGAAGAAAGCUCGUCCCAUUACGUCUGAGGAAUCCGACUACCUCAUAAAUGGGAUGUAUCUGUGAUAAGUGUCACUUAAAUAGCUGGGGGCGACGAUGUUUUCCUUAUAAUUUAUCCACUGAUGGUUCUGGAUAUUUAUAACCUCUUUGGUUUGAACUGGGCUAAGAAAAAUACUGAAACCCCAGAAUAUUCUGUAAACCCCAAACCUUUGUUUUUAUUUAUUGUAGCAAGAGUUUCUUUGGGGAGUAUGUGAAAUGUUUUGAAAUUUAGAGAGGCGUCUAUAUGAGUAAAAACACAAAUCUAAUUCUGACUUAGGUAAGCUGUCCCUGAAAAAUAGCAAUUUGCAGUGAGCCAAGGCAGAAAAUUCAGGUUCUCGAGGGGUGGCCUUCGAAUGGCAACGUUAACCCUUUACCUUUAAGAAGCCAACCAUUGGCCCCUGGCAGCCCUGGGCCACUUUCCGCUCCUUUGUUCGGAGGCCUUCUUGUCCAGUGCUCUCCUUUCUCUUCUCCCCUUCGAAACCUAUUUCUGAGAAUGGAUCUCAAGUACUUGAGUUUAGACCUUCAAUGAGAUGCUCCCUCUGGCAGGAAUGUCUAAAGUAUAACCCUCAUGAGCACGUCGAGGAGGUGUCAGGGCAGGUGAGUGUGAGUUUAUCCCAGUGCCUCUGACCUCAGGUCCCUUGGGUGGCUGCCCCCUCAGGCUUGCCUUUGGGAGAAAACACGCUGACUUUGGAUUACAACUAGCUGUGACGUGGUCCUGGAGCGGGGUUGGGAAUCAUGGUGACGGCAGAGGUGGAAGUCAAACGUUGGAACACAAAUUUAGCUGAGGGCAACGUGCCAGGACGACCAUUAGUACUUUCUCGAAUCUACUCGACACUGCUAGAUGGUCCAGAACACAGCAGCUUUAUUUAUAUAGUCACUGGUUUUCAGCAGGAAUCUGUGUUGAUGGAAGAGAAAAAUGCAUUCAAAUUGAAAAGCAGAACACUAAGUAGAUUUCUGGGUGCAGCUUUUGUAAAAAGGUCCCAUGUUUAAGAAUCAGCAGGUUCUUUCAUCCAAUGGAAUAGGCCAGUUUUCUCCCAUCAUUUGUUUAGUGCUAUAAAAUGUUAAAAUGUGCAGUCGGCCAAUGCCAGGCUCACGUAUUCCCAGAGCAUAAAGCAGUCUUGCACAAAUUCAUCUUUACAGAAAACUGGCAUCUAGUUUAGCAUCUUUUCCCUUUUAAUCAAUCCAUAGGAUUUUAAAGGCAAAUUAUUCCCAUCCUCAUUUCAUGCCGGGAUUACACACACCCGAGAAAUCAUUCUCCUGAGAGGAAUCUACCAUGUGGUGCCUGUCUACACUCACAAUGAUGUUACUCUUUCUAUAAUAAUGGCUUUUUAUCAGAACUGGCAAAUAUUCUAAAAUACUUGAAAACACUGUAGAAUCCUUUAUUUUCAGACUGAGGUAAGUUGUCCCUUUAGCAAAGGGCUUAAUCUGGGUCAGAAAUAUAACAGACUACAUUAAUAAACAGAAAGUUAGUUCUAGAAAAACAAAGAAAUUGGUACUUUUAUUUCCCAAGAGGUCCAAGCAUUUUGUUGAAUGUUUAGAAUUGAGCAAAGGCUUGAAGUUCUCCUCAAGAGGAGACUGGAGAAAUGACAGCUUGAGUGACUUAGGAUAUCUGUACCCUCUGUGUGACGCUUUGCAGUUUGCUUUUCUAGAGAAGGGUGUCACAUAUGGCCAUACCCAAUAAAAUUAAAACUGAUGAGGCAUGCAUCUUUCGGCACAUCUUUUUAUACAUGAGGAAAUUAAACACAGUUUAGCAUUGCUAUUCUGUUGAAAUACUUGAGAAAAUAUGUCCAUAUCCAUGUGUACAAUAUCCCUUUAAUAAAUUUUAUUUUAUUCUUAUGCCUUUUUAAAAUAACCUUUUAGUCAAAUCAUCAUCAUGAGUUGCUGUUAUUUACUGAGCUGUUACUAUAUCACCUGGAUUUAAUCAUAUCAACCUUAUCUUGCAAAGGGGAAAAUUAAGAAUUAAAGAAGGAGAAUCAAGGCCUACAAAAUAGUUAUAUUGUCAGGUGGACUGAGUGGGACUUUAAAUUUAAAGUUACCUUACCUGUGAGUAUCUGAUUGGAGGAGUUCUGCAUCUAAGAUAAUUUAAAAAUAAUUUUAAAGGGAAGAUUGUCCACAACUUACUGCUCAAACAUGUUCUUAUGUCUCACGUGUCUUUUCCUGAGAGCGUAAAGGCCCACGUAACGCCACCUUUCAGAAAAUGUACAGCUGGGCACCCGGGUGGCUCAGUCGGUGAAGUGUCUCCUUCUGCUUAGGUCAUGAUCCCGGGGCCCCAAGA